UUUUCAUAUUUAAUUUGGAUCGACAUCGACAUCGAUUGUUCAAGCCGUUUGCAAUAAAUAGAUGUUUGAAACUGUGAUAUCAUGGCGGCGAACCAAAAAUAGAAGAAUGAAGAUUUUGAAACAGCUCUUAAAUACUUCAAAGACGAGGCACGAAGAUUGACUGAACUUUCAAAGAACUUAACUGAAUCGUGGAAAAAUGGUCAAAGGGAAUGGGUGCCCAUGUAUCUUUUAGAGCAAACGAAAGACGCAGAAGAAAAAAUGAAACAAAUAAGAUCUCUCAUACAUGUACCGAGAGAACAUAUAAAAGACGAUACAAAAGCUACUUUCCAAGUAGCUUAUCAAGAACAUCAAGAGAAAAUAAAACAGCUUCAGAAGAAAAAUGAAACAUUACUCAAGAAUAAUCAGACUUUAGAAAAAGAGUUACGUGACUUGAAGAAAGAAUUCAAGAGAGAAGUACCACCAGUAGUUCCACCAAGGUUGCAAGUUGACAAGCAAGAAAAGAAGCCACUUUCCACUUAUAAGGAUAGCAUGGGAAAUACACUCAAAAGUAAAUCUGACGUAGGCAAGGACAGACGACAAGUGACAGUAGGAAGAAAAAAUGGAACUGAGACACAAAACGAAAAUGAAAGAUUUAACGCUGAGAAUGUUAUGGAAAACAACUUAGAGCUACAAGAUGAAAAUAUCAAUCUUGAAGAGGAAAAUGCAGGAGAGGUAGGUGGUAAGAAAGCAAUCAGCUUGGAAAUUCAAGGGCAAAAACAACAAUAUGAGGAAACAAAGACGAAUAACUCAAUGCCUACACAACAUGAAGGGUACAAUGCAAAUGAUGGAAAUAAUGAUGUAGAAGAAAAGUGGAAACAUCGCUGUCGUGAGAUAGAAAAGGAGAAAAGUCAAUUGAUUGAGAACAAGAAUAUGCUUCAAAACCUGAAUGAUUCCUUACAGGCAUAUACUAAACAAUUGGAAAAAGAGAAAGAUGAAUUAUUGCUGCGGUUGAGUAAAAAUCCAGCGAUAUUUGAUCUCAGUGAUCCGAACAGACCAACAAAACUUGCAGAGUACUACAGUGAGCUAUAUGACAACGAAUGGACAGAUGCUUUUGAGGCAUUAAAAACUGCUGGAUAUGACGAGAUAACAGCGAUUGAAAUAUUGCGUCUAACAUUAGAGAAUGUUCUUCAAUUCUGCGAAAGGAAGGCUGAAUUAUUGUUAAGAAAAGCUUCUGAUGCAGUUAACCUACUGUUCAAAGAGUAUCAACAAUCUAUUUUGGAAAAGAAAGUACCCUCUUUUUUGACUAUUCCGAGGCAAAAUGCGCUAUGUAUGGGCAAACAUUUACGGCGCGAACAAUCGUCGCUAGAUGACAUGAAGCUGCAGCACAUGUGGAAACCUAAAACUUACAAAGGUUACCACAAGCCAUGUUCAGAAAAAGUGAAUGAAACAGAAAUCAUCAAAGUUGAAGCCGAAAAUAAACUGAAGACUUUGCGAAAAGAAAUGGCGUCUGCAAUGGUGCCGAUUGUGCAAAAGGCUUAUAUCGAAUCAUAUUGUUCGGAAGAUUGCAUAGACGAGAUCAAACCAUUUAUUCUGAAAUGUCUGUAUCUGGGUUGGAUGAUGAAAGUUCAGUCUCCUCCAAUGGUAUUUCAUAAAUGCGACAUGAAGGCCAGGUUUGACACAAAUCUAUACAAAGAGUAUUUGACGUCAGGACAGCUAGUCAAUUUCGUGGUUUGGCCAGCACUUUUAUUGCACGAAAAUGGGCCUGUAGUCUGUAAAGGGGUAGCAGAAGGCAAGAAAAUACAAACGUGAAAUGACAAUACAGAGCUAAAGCAGCAUUUUCUAAACUCAUACACGUAUGAUAAAAAUAAAGUGACGAUGUAAAACAAUGUUAUAAAAUCAAUGCUACUAUGAAAUCAAUUUGUUUUUACAGUACGGUUAACAGAUUGCAACACAUCUCUUAUAAGCAGAAUUGUGUAUCUUGUGUUAAUAAAUUCAAGUGAUUAAACGCUGCAUGUGAUUAUAGAUGCUUGUAGAUUGGAUGAAUAAUUGAUUGGUUGACACUUGAUUGGAGGUUGAAAAAAAACAUUUUGUAACACUUCUAUUAAUUAUUAUGAUACAAUGAGUUAUGCUUUUUUGCCAAUGAAACUGUACAAUGGCUUGUUUGAUAUCUAUAUAUUAUUAUUAACAUGCUUGCUGAUUCUACGCUGUGUCUAGUUUUAAUAUUUUAUCUAGGAUUUUAUGAUAUAACUAUAUUAAAUAAAAGCAAACGUUCUAAGUAUUUCUUUUGAACGUAUAAGCUGAUCAAACAAAACAUCCAAAUCUAUUUUAACACAUGUGCUAUACGUUAUGAAAUAUUUGAAUGUAUUUAAUGUUUGUUUGUCUAAUGAAUUCAGCAAUGCGACAACACGAUAUAUAGUAAUAAACUAUGGUUUCUUU